AUGGGAACGCUGCCCGGUUCUCGCUCCGCCAACCCCGCUUCGCCCCAGGAGGCCGCGGGGGGCCGGUGGGAGACCCCUGCCCAGCGGCUCAGCUUUGCAAAGUGCAAAAGAGCGUUGGCCCGGCGCAGCGAUCUGCAGGAGGGGCUCCUGCCCGCCCCCGCACCCCCCCAUGCCCCCCUCUCCCGGGUGGAGCGGCGAGGUCGGGGUGCGGACGAACGACCCGGAGCCGGCCUGGGCUGCCAGAGGGGCCCGGCCGCCCCGGGGGUAAGACAGGGGGGCACCGCCGGGUGCCUGCGCACGCCCCCCGCCACCGCCCCCACUGGACCCCGCGCGGGGAAAGGGGCGGAGGAUGACGGCGGAGCCAUGGAGACUGCCGGGUGGAUACAGAGAGGGCCCGGCCGUCCGGGGCUGCCCGCAUCUCGGCGGCGGAUACGGCGCCCGGGGGAAAUGUGGCCAAGUGUCCGUCCCGCCCGGAGCGAGGCCGGCGGUGGAGACCCUUCCUCUCCACCCGGGAGGGGAGCGCGCUGCGAGGUGCGCCGCAAGGCGAGGGCGAAGGCCACCCGGACCUCCGGGGGUCAGCGGCCGUUUGUUCCGCUCCUGAAGAACGGCGCGAGGCCCUGGCUGGUCCUAUCAGCCCGGAGACCCAGUCAGAGCCCCAGCUUCGUGUUCGGAAAGAUGGACCGGUCUAGUUCAGACAUUCGGAGGGGCUCAACUUGGGCACCGGGGGAAGAUGGAACGCCUGGGCCAGUCUGGGUUGGGACACGCCGCCCCGAAGCCCGGCCUGCAGCCCCUCUGGGGGCGGAUUGGCGAGAUGGGGAAGGAUGUAGACGGCUGACCGGGGCCAGGCCCUUCCACUCCUGCAGUGGGGCCUGGAGAGCCCCGGCCGCCGCACCCUUCCGCUAG